AGCGGCAGCGGUGGCGGCUCCUCUGCUUCUCCGGCACUUUGAACUCCACUCAGUGUAGCCGAGGGGGGUGGGAGCCUUCCCCCCUCGCCAGCGCCCUCUCCCACCCAACCCAGCCUGGUCUCACCCCCUCCCGGACAGCGGGGCUGGGCAGCUCUUUCUCUCCUGCUUGCCUUGCAGCCAGGCGAGGGGCUUGGAUCGUCUGCGGGCAGAGGGGUGCGCGGGACCCUGCUUCCUCCCCCCGGCAGCGGGGCAGCCUUUUGUUCCCCCUUUGGCCAGCGAGCCCCGGGCAGAGCUCAGCAGCCCCUUCCUGGGGCAGGCAGGGCGCAGUGGGGAGAGCCUCUUUAUCAGCGCCGGGCGCGUGGCUUCUUUGUGUACAGCUGCUCCCGAAGGCAGAGGCGAACCCUGUGGCUUGGCACUGAGCUUUCUCAAACCAUAGCAGCCCCUCCUGCCUCGCCACCCCGGCAGAGAGAGACACCUACCUGGGCUGCUCCACCUCCUCCCUCUCCCUUGUUUACCUGCACUUUCCCAGCGCCUUUCUUCUCUCUCCAGCUCUGCCCUCCCCCGGUCCCUUCCCCUGAUUGUCCCCCUUGCCUCGAAGGAAGAUUCGGCUCCCACGCUAGCUCCAGCAACUUGGUCCUUUCCCUGAAGCAGAGAUCCAGGGAAGGGAACUGAAAGGUGGAUCUGUUAUAACCUCCCAGCGCUUUUCUCGAAGUGCACUUGGACCAAAACCACCCCCAGCAUGGAUGUAAGAUUUUACCCGGCUGCAGCUGGUAGCUCUCUUCCCGGAGACCCUUCCAAUCUGGACUUUGCCCAGUGUUUGGGUUACUACAGCUACAACAAGUUUGGAAACAAUAACAACUACAUGAACAUGACGGAGGCAAAUAAUGCAUUUCUUACUGCAAAUGAGCAGACAUUCCAUACUCCAAGUCUUGGAGAUGAAGAGUUUGAGAUCCCACCAAUUACGCCCCCUCCUGAGUCAGACCCCACGCUGGGAAUGGCAGAUAUACUGUUGCCCUUUCAGGGUCUAGGCGACCAGCUGCCUGGACAAGGAAGUGAAUUUACACCCCAGUUUCCUCCACAGAGUUUGGAUCUUCCUUCUAUUACAAUAUCACGAAAUCCUGUGGAGCAAGAUGGUGUAAUCCACAGCAAUGGAUUGCAUAUGGAUCAUAGCCACUCACAAGUUUCACAGUAUCGCCAAGAUCAUUCUUUGAUUAUGAGAUCGAUUGUUCAUAUGACUGAUGCUGCUUGUUCAGGAAUUAUGCCUCCUGGUCAGUUAACCACCAUUAACCAGUCUCAGCUAAGUGCACAGCUGGGACUAAAUUUAGGAGGUACUAGCUUGCCACAUACUUCUCCUUCUCCUCCUGCAAGUAAAUCAGCAACUCCUUCCCCAUCCAGCUCUAUAAAUGAAGAGGAUGCAGAUGAAUCAAACAGAGCUACUGGAGAAAAAAGAGCUGCUCCGGAUUCUGGCAAGAAGCCCAAAACUCCAAAGAAGAAGAAAAAGAAAGAUCCCAAUGAACCACAAAAGCCAGUGUCAGCAUAUGCUCUAUUCUUCAGGGACACACAGGCUGCAAUUAAAGGGCAGAACCCUAAUGCUACAUUUGGAGAGGUUUCAAAAAUAGUAGCAUCUAUGUGGGACAGUUUAGGAGAAGAACAAAAACAGGUAUAUAAAAGGAAAACAGAAGCUGCCAAAAAAGAAUACCUAAAGGCACUUGCUGCCUAUAGAGCUAGUCUUGUUUCUAAGGCGGCUGCAGAAUCAGCUGAAGCCCAGACAAUACGGUCUGUUCAGCAAACGUUGGCCUCCACUAAUUUGUCAUCCUCCCUUCUGCUGAAUACUCCUCUCUCUCAACAUGCAACAGUGUCUGCAUCUCCUCAGACUCUCCAACAGUCCCUUCCUAGGGCAAUCGCUCCAAAACCUUUAACCAUGAGACUGCCAAUGAAUCAGAUUGUAGCUUCUGUUACCAUUGCACCAAACAUGCCAGCAAACAUUGCAGCCCCAUUGAUAAGCUCUAUGGGAACAAAUAUGGUCGCAACACCAUCUUCAUCACAAGUAAGCCCUUCAAUGCAAAGCCAGCAGCAUCAGAUGCAACAGCUACAGCAGCAACAGAUGCAGCAAAUGCAGCAGCAGCAACUACAUCAGCAUCAAAUGCAUCAGCAGAUCCAACAACAAAUGCAACAGCAGCAUUUUCAGCACCACAUGCAGCAACAUUUGCAGCAGCAGCAGCAUCUUCACCAGCAAAUUAAUCAGCAGCAAAUGCAACAGCAGCUGCAACAGAUACAGCUUCAGCAAAUGCAGCAACAGCAAAUGCAACACAUGCAACACCAGUCCCAACCUUCUCCUCAGCAGCAUUCCCCUGUAGCCUCACAGAUGACCUCACCCAUCCCUGCCAUUGGGAGCCCUCAGCCAGCAUCUCAGCAGCACCAGUCACAAAUACAGUCCCAAACACAGACUCAAGUAUUAUCACAGGUUAGUAUUUUCUGAAGAUAAAUGUUCUUGCAACAUUGUUUUGCAUUUAUCAGGGGGGUAGGGGUAAACCAUAUUUGGCUGAAAACUGUAAAUUGUUGAUGGUAGUUAUGCAAAGAUGCAUAACAGAUCAAACGAUCCUCUAAAGUGUCUAUUAGAUAGGCAAUAAAGAACUACAAUGUAGCUGUGUAUCAUCUUUUAGCUGACUAUGAAUCAUUUUGUUAAAAAAAAAUUAAAAAAAUAAAUGCUGUGCUCCUUUUCAUGUGAUGGCCUUUUUAAUUUAUUUAAGCUUUACCUACAAUAUGUGAAUCAAAUGGCCUAAUAAAUACUUGGAUGUUAUGACUGCAAAAUGGCCUUUCGGAGUUAUGUAAUGUAACCUUUCUUUCUCUAAAAGUGAGUAAUGCACUUCAAGGCAGUUUAAACUCAUGAAACCCUUAAAAGCACAGUUGUAACAACCUGUAAAAUAAUGAUUGGAUUUCAUACAAUCAUACUUAUAUGACAUGAGUAGUUGAUGGCAUUUUUUUGUCAUGAAAAUAAUGUAAAUCAGAUUUUUGCCAAAGCUCUUAUUUUUUUCUUUCCUACACGUCUUCAGAAAAACAAACGCAAGCGACUAAAUUUAAAUGGUUGACCCAUUCUUUCACUUUGAUUUCUCUAAAUAAACCUACCAUACUUUGUAACAAAAUAUAUAUUGACACUGUUACCCUAUUAUGUUAAUUCCAGUUACAAAACAAAUGUGAAUAUUAUAUUCUGUGUUUAAGUGAUGAGUUUCAGAUUUAAUACACUGUAUUUUUAAAAGGGAAAUGCACUUAAAUAAAACUGUUAUUACAAAAACUGAAAUUAAAAAAUGCAGGAGGUUUUAAUAUGCUGUAAUACCAGUAGAAUAUAUAAAAGAAGCUCCACAUCUGAAUAAUCAAUGUAAAUAUUUUCUUUAAAAGUUGUAAGUUUUCAUAUGAUGUGUUGUAAAGUUUUCAUAAAUGAGGCUUUAAUGUAAACACUGGUAACAUGAACUAUUAAUUGCUACAUUGCUUAUUGUGUUUUUAAGCUGUUUUAUACUUUUUUAUGAGUUAUGAUAGCAGCAAUUAAGUUGUUUGUAUUUUGCUUAUCUAAAAUAAAUGCUUUUAUCUUGCUAUAGAAUAAACACAUUUCAGUAAA